AUGGCCCUUCUCCUUGGCUUCCUGCUGCUGCUGGGGCUUUAUGGGGACAUCAUGUCAGAGGGGCCGCCGCCAUCAUCCACAUACAUUCCUGAUGGUUUGGAAUAUGAAUUUCCUCCAACAAACUAUGAGACCAAAGAUUCUUAUGAAGCUGGACCCGCUGGCAUCUUCUUUCAAAUUGUGCACAUCUUUCUCCACAUGGUGCAGCCGAAUGCUUUCCCUGAAGAUAUUUUAAGAAAAGUUGUACAGAAGAAGUUUGACCUCUCAACGGAUUAUGAGAAGCCAGAAAAUGUAGUCUUGAUUCUGAAGAUUAUCUACUAUGAGAUCGGGAUUAUUAUCUGUGCUGUCCUGGGAUUGCUGUUUAUUUUUCUGAUGCCUCUGGUGGGGUUUGUCUUUAGUUUGUGUCGUUGCUGUAACAAGUGUGGUGGAGAAAUGCACCAGCGACAGAAGAAAAAUGGGGCCGCCCUCAAGAACUACUUUACACUCUCCCUCUUGGUGAUUUGUAUAUUUAUAAGCAUUGGUUUCAUCUAUGGUUUUCUGGCGAACCAACACAUAAGGACUCACAUUGAAAAGACUCGGAAAUUAUCAGAAAGUAAUUUCAACGACUUGAGAACCCUCCUGAAUGCAACUCCAGGGCAAAUUGACUAUGUACUGGACCAGUAUACCACCACAAAGGCAAGGGCCUUCUCAGAUCUGGACAAUAUUAAGUUGUUGCUGGGAGGCGGAAUUUUCGAACAGCUCAAACCCAGAGUGGUCCCUGUGCUGGAUGACAUCAAGGCCAUGGCAGAAGAAAUCCAAGAUACCAGAGAAACCCUGGUCGAAGUGAACAGUAUCUUAACGGACAUGAGACAGUUAUCUGCAAAUCUCAGCAACAGCCUGACUAAUGUUAAAAGGAACCUGGAGCAAGCACUCACUGACCCCAUGUGCUCUGUGCAUCCGGUAAUGACCACUUGCAGCAACAUUAUGAACUCUCUAAGCCUUCUGGAUGGCAGCAUCGAUUUUGAUCAGCUCCCAUCUUUGGAUGAACAAAUUGGUAACCUUAAUGAUAUUCUUCAAACAAAUUUGUCCAGCCUAGUCCAAAAGCACCUUGCUAGGACCAUAAGAGAUAAAAAGAAAAACAUGAUCUCAUCUUCCUGGGGCUCAGAGUUGGAUGGGUACAGUGUUGGACCCCAUGCUGAUUCUGACACAAGAUGCUCUCCCACUCUGCCGGGCUAUAAAUCUUUUAAUGCUAUACCUGGGAUAGUGCAAAAUGAAACCGUGAACGUCGUAUCAGAUGUCAAAAUGACGUUGGAUUCCAUUGGUUCUGAUAUCAAAAAUAUAAGCAAAAAUAUUCCUAUUCAGGAUAAGCUGUCAAAUUUCAUUCGUUACCUUAAUGACACUGAAAAUUACAUCCACCGCCAUUUACCCACUUUGGAGGAAUAUGAUUCAUACAGGUGGCUGGGUUCCUUGGUUGUCUGCUGUUCACUGACUCUCAUAGUGAUUUUUUAUUGCCUGGGCUUGUUGUGUGGCACGUACGGCUACAACCAGAAUGCCACCCCAACCAGACGAGGCUGCGUCUCAAACACUGGAGGCAUCUUCCUCAUGGUCGGGGUUGGAUUCAGUUUCUUCUUUUGUUGGCUAUUGAUGACCAUCGUGGUUCUGACUUUUGUUGUUGGUGGAAAUGUGGAAAAACUGGUCUGUGAACCUUACCAAAACAAAAUGUUAUUCCAGGUUUUGGACACGCCAUAUUUACUAAAUGCAGAUUGGAAAUACUAUCUCUCUGGCAUGGUAUUUAACAAACCAGAUAUUCAUCUCACUUUUGAACAAGUUUACAGUGAUUGCAAAGAAAAUAAAGGCAUUUAUGCCACGCUUAAGCUAGAGAACACCUACAAUAUCAGUGAACAUCUCAGCAUUAAAGAGCAUACCAGAAACAUAAAUAAUAAUUUUGAAAAUAUGAAUAUAAGAAUUGACAAUAUAGUUCUGCUGGAUGAGGCAGGAAGAAGAAACCUUAUGGAUUUCAGUUCUUCAGGAAUAGACAAAAUAGACUAUGGUGCCUUCAUGGCUGCGACUGGGAAAAAUCCCAUAAAAGUGAAUCUUUUAUCAUUUGCAAAUGAUCUAGAAGUAAAAGCCAACAAUUUGCCCCAAGGAAAUUUGAAACAGACCCUGAAAAGUAAUGCAGGAAUCUUAAGAAAUAUUCAUCGUGAUGAAAUCAUUCCUUUGCAAAAAUUAAUGAGUGCUGUCCACCAAAAAUUGAAGGAGCUUCAACAGAAAAGCAGUGGACUGGGGGUGAAAGUGGCCAAUAUCAUUCUCUUUUUGGAUUCUGCUCAGGACUUCAUCACAAACCGAAUCUCCACAAUUAUUGCUGAAGAAAGUAAGAAGUAUGGGAAUACGAUAAUGAGCUACUUUGAACAUUAUCUGCAGUGGGUCAAGAUCUCUAUCACUGAGCAAAUAGCAGCCUGCAAACCAGUGGCCACCGCUCUAGAUUCGGCUAUUGAUGUCUUCCUGUGCAGCUACAUUAUCGACCCCCUGAAUUUGUUUUGGUUUGGUAUAGGAAAAGCUACCGCAUUUUUACUUCCUGCUAUCAUUUUUGCUGUAAAGCUGGCUAAGUACUACCGUCGAAUGGAUUCUGAAGAUGUAUAUGACGAUGAUGUUGAAACUAUACCCAUGAAAAAAGGCGGCUGUAACACAUUACACAAACUGAGUGGCUUAAAGCAACAGUGUACUCGAACUUUAAUCGAGGCCGGAAGUCUGAAAUCAACACGUCAGCAGAGUUGGUUCCUCCCAGAGAGCCUGAGGGAGAGUCUGUCCCGGGCCCUUCUCUGA